AUGCCUUCAAUAGGACCCGCAAUGCCCCCGCACCCGGCGAAGCGCAGUCGCGAUAACGACGACCAGCGACCAUCAAGUCCAGAAUCCACAGACAAGCGCAGACGAGUCAUCGGCCCAGCACCUCCGCCUUCCGCAUCCUCACCACCGCCAUCGCCAUCACCAUCACGGUCCAGCAGCGUAGACAGCGACGUCGGUCCUGCGCCUCCGCCAGCUCCAAAGCGAGUAGUAGGGCCCGCACCACCACCAGCGCCUCUCGACGAACUACCGCCCAAUCCUGCAGAUAGCGACUCAGAUUCGGACAGCAGCGAUGACGACUUUGGUCCCGCCCCACCUCCAGCUGGCAGCAUGUCUUCAGGCUUCGACGACAACAUGGCGACGUCCGCAUUCGAUAGCGAGCCACAAUUCACAGACGCGCCGAAGAAGGCACAACGCGACGAGUGGAUGACACUACCACCCACACAAGACGACCUCGCCGCGCGCAUGGACCCAACCAAGAUGCGCGCGCGCAAAUUCAACUCAGGAAAGGGCGCAGGCAAUACAGGCGGCAUGAGCAGCGCAUGGACCGAGACACCGGAGCAGAAGCUCAAGCGACUGCAAGACGAGGCCUUGGGUAUCGCGGCACCUACAAACGCGGCGCCUGCGACAUCCGAGUCGAAGCGCACCAAGGAAGAGGAGCGGAGGGCGCGCAAGAUGCGCGAGAAGAUUGAGGCGACACGAGGCAAGAGUCUAGUCGAGCAGCAUCAGGAUAGGGGUACGGGUAAAGAGAAGGAAGACGAUCCGAGCAAGCGCGCGUUUGAUUACGAGAAAGACAUGGCUGUGAGCGGGAAUUUGAACCAUAAGCAGAAGAGGGAGAUGCUCAGCAAGUCGAAGGGUUUUGGCGACCGCUUCUCAAGCGGAAGCUUCUUGUAG